AUGGUGGAUAAAACCUUAGUAGACCUCCUACAAGCUUCAAAAAUGGCAGCCACCCUCCAUAGAAAGAGAGCCUUAGAAGCCAGGCGCCUGGCCAAAGAGCCUGGCCCUCUUGAACUCUUUCCUCGCAAGCUCCUCAUUCUUCCACCCACAGUCAUUCUCUUAGUGCUCUUGUAUUUUUCGGUUUCUUCCACUCUUCUUUCGGUCUCCUUGUUCCAUGUUUGUGUUUCCUCUCGAAAGCUCCAUGUCUAUUGCUUAUCAGCUGCCACUGCCCCUAUUUCUGGUCACCACCAACUUUAUCAGACCUUCGACAAGGGUACCGAAGCUUCGCUCCCCUCCCUCUCCCAAAAUUACAGCUACCCAAUCGUCGACUCGACCGAAUCUAGAGGCUACCAAAGAGGUGAGACCUUUGACAAAGACAUCAAAGUUUCUCUCAACUCACUCCCACAAAAUUACCCAGCACCAGUCGCCUACUCUGCCAAAUCUAGCAGCAACCAAAGCGAUCAUACCUUCAACAAAGAUAUAAGGGCUUCUCUCGACUCAUUCCCCCAAAAUUUCAACACCCCAGUGGCUGUGUCUGCCAAAUCUAGCCGAAGAGAAGAAAACUUUGACAAAAAUAUCAAAGCUUUGCUCCCCCAUUUGCACCAAAAUUCUAGGCAGCCAAUUGCCGAUACCGCCGAGACCAAAAGAGGAAGUCGAAGAGACCAGAACAUACAUAUUAACCCUGUGGUAGAAGAACAAAUGAAAUCCCUCAGAACUUUGAGAAACCAUGCCUUGACCAGGAACAAAACAUGUCAAGGAAGAGGAAUCUAUGUAUACGACCUCCCCUCUAAAUUCAACAAGGACUUAGAAGACCAAUGCGAGGACCUUAUUCCAUGGACCAACCUCUGCAGCUUCUUCUCCAACAAAGCAAUGGGCGAGCCCAUCCAAGAACUUGGACCCAAUUGGUACAACACUUAUCCAUAUUCUCUAGAGCUCAUUUUUCACCGUAGAAUGAACGCUCACCCCUGUAGAGUCUACGACCCAAGCCAUGCUCUACUCUUCUAUGUGCCAUUUUUUGCAGGGCUAAAUGCUAUGAAAUGGCACUAUAGGACCAAUGUGAGUAACGAGCUACAAGACCAACUUGGUCUAGAAUUGGUGAGAUGGCUAGAUACUAAGUCCACCUGGAAGAAAAACCAAGGCAAAGACCAUGCCUUUGUGUUGGGUGAAGUUACUUAUAAUUUUAGGAGAAGUAAAAAUUCAACUUGGGGCACCAAUUUUUUGGAGUUGGAAGCUUUGCAAAACCCUACAAAAGUCUUGAUAGAGAGGCAUCCAUGGCACCCAAACGAUGCAGCAAUUCCCUACCCAACCUAUUUUCACCCCCGUGUGGACCAAGACGUAAAAUCAUGGCAAACAACUGCAAGUUCAUCCAAACGCUCCAAACUCAUCGCCUUCGCAGCUGGCACACGUGAGGGCCAAGUAGGAGCUCUAAGAGCUCGUUUGAUGGAGCAGUGCACACUUGCCGAUCAAACGUGCAACUUCCUGAAUUGCAGCCGAAGCGGCACGUGUGAGAAACCGGAGAGAGUGGUGAGUUUAUUCAUGGGGUCCGAGUUUUGUUUACAACCACCAGGUGAUAGCCCAACAAGAAGGUCGGUGUUUGAUGCUUUGGUGGCUGGGUGCAUUCCUGUAGUUUUCGAUCCUUUUACGGCGUAUUACCAGUACGCUUGGCAUUUGCCUGAGGAGAGAGAGAGGUGGUCUGUGUAUUUGGAUGGUAAGGAGGUGAGAGAAGGGAGGGUGGAUGUUGUUGGGGUUUUGAAGGGGGUGAGGAGAGAGGAGAGAGAAAGGAUGAGAAGGUUUAUUUUGGAGGAGGUGAUGCCAGGUUUGGUUUAUGGUGCUGAGAGGGAGGGACUGGAGGGGUUUAGGGAUGCCUUUGAUAUAACAGCAGAUGCUUUGGUAGAGAGAGCCAGAAGAGAGAGUGGAUUGUGA